GACUAGCAACUGAAAAGCUUUUAUAAGCUUUCCUUGGGGUGGGGUCAGGAGCGAGGUUCUCACUGGUCCUAAAGUGGCUACAGAAACAGCCAAUGAAAUAAGAGAAUCGGUGUUGUUACGUAAGCAUGCGGAUGACGCAAGUUUCCGAAAUGGUCCAAUAAGAACGAAGAGCUUUUGGAGUCCUUAUUUGCAUACCGCGGUUAUAAAAGAUUAGGCUCGGCCGUUAUGUCAUUUCUUCCUCUGGUACCCUGGGUUGUGCUCUACAAUGCCGGAGCCCGCCAAGUCCGCCCCGGCGCCCAAGAAGGGCUCCAAGAAAGCUGUCACCAAGGCUCAGAAGAAGGACGGCAAGAAGCGCAAGCGCAGCCGCAAGGAGAGCUACUCCAUCUACGUGUACAAGGUGCUGAAGCAGGUGCACCCCGACACGGGCAUCUCGUCCAAGGCCAUGGGCAUCAUGAACUCCUUCGUCAACGACAUCUUCGAGCGCAUCGCCGGCGAGGCGUCCCGCCUGGCGCACUACAACAAGCGCUCGACCAUCACGUCGCGGGAGAUCCAGACGGCCGUGCGCCUGCUGCUGCCCGGCGAGCUGGCCAAGCACGCCGUGUCCGAGGGCACCAAGGCCGUCACCAAGUACACCAGCUCCAAGUGAGUCCCUGCGGGGACGAGGCGGGAUUGCAGGCGCCGGCCGCUUCAUUCCAAAGGCUCUUUUUAGAGCCACCCACCGAAUCACCAGAAAAGAGCGCUGCCCACUUGCUCUGCGCUGUAGAGUGAGAGGUCGUGGGAGAUGG